AUGGAAGAAAAGGUCGAAGUGCGGAAGAAGGCACGGAAACCAAGGGUAACUCGAGGGAAACAAACCCCAAGUGAUGGAAAUCAAGAAAGGAACACCGAACUCACGUUUCAAUCGGUUCAAAACGUCGAGAAUAACGAAGGUGAAAUUCCAGAAGAGAUGGGUAAUCUUCAGAGGUUGGAGAUCCUAUCCAUCAGAACGGCUAGUCUCACUGGUCUCAUCCCAUCUUUCAUAUUCAACAUCUCUUCUUUAAAGAAGCUUAAUCUUCAAGAAAAUAGUUUAUAUGGUAGUCUACCUGUGCCUGUAUGCUCCCCUCUUCCAAUGCUUGAAGUUGUCUCUCUAUGGAGUAACAAAUUGACGGGAAGCAUUCCAGGAGGAAUCGGAAACUGUACUUCACUCAAACAUUUCAGUCUUGCUGAAAAUAACUUCACAGGUUCAAUACCAGAGGAGAUUGGUAUGCUUCCAAAAAUGGAAGUACUAUAUCUCCAGUACAAUAACUUAAUGGGCUCCAUUCCUGCAACAAUCUUCAGCAUCUCAACAUUACAAAUUAUUGCAUUUACGCAGAAUCAGUUUUCAAGUAAACUUCCAUCAAGUAUAGGUGUUUCGCUACCCAACCUUGAACGACUUCAUCUUGGAGAAAAUGAACUCAGUGGAAUUGUUCCCGAUUCUAUCUCGAAUGCUUCUAAACUAGUUAUAUUAGUUCUUUCCAAUAACAGGUUUAAUGGUUCAAUUCCAAGCUCACUCGGCAACUUAAGACUCCUAGACUAUCUUUACCUAUCAGGAAACAACUUCACUUGUGAAUAUUCUUCCUCUUUUGAAUUGAACUUCCUCACUUCCUUGUCAAGUUGCAGACAAUUAAGAAAAUUGGUGAUCAGUAGCAAUCCUCUAAACGGCAUCCUUCCAGCUUCUAUUGGGAAUCUCUCUGAUUCUCUGGACAAUAUUGAUGCUAGUUAUUGUGGAAUCAGAGGUAGCAUUCCCAGUGAAAUUGCUAACUUAAGCAAUUUAGCUUUCUUAAAUAUAGAUGGCAAUGAGUUGACAGGAUUCAUUCCGAUCACAAUCAAAAAUUUAAGCAAGCUUCAAAUACUAUCUCUUUAUGACAACCAAAUACAAGGAUUCAUACCGAGGUUGGACAUAAUGAUAGAUGUGGCUUGUGCCUUGGAGUAUCUUCACCAUGGUUAUUCAGUGUCUGUGGCUCAUUGUGAUUUGAAACCAAGCAAUGUGUUACUAGAUGAUGAUAUGGUUGCACAUGUGAGUGAUUUCGGCAUUGCAAAGUUGUUAGGUGUGGGGGAGAGCAUUGCACAAACAAGGACAAUAGCAACAUUUGGAUAUAUUGCACCAGGUUCAAUACCAGAGGAGAUCUUUAAUAUCUCAACAUUACAGAUAGUUGGAUUCGCGCAAAAUCAGCUUUCAGGUACCCUUCCAUCAAGUAUAGGUGUUUCGCUACCCAAUCUUGAACGACUUUGGCUUGACGGAAAUGACCUCAGUGGAAUUGUUACCGACUCUAUCUCAAAUGCUUCUAAACUCAUUGAUUUAGAUCUUUCAUCUAACAGAUUUAGUGGUUCAAUUCCAAGCUCACUUGGCAACCUAAGACUCCUUGAGUAUCUCGUGCUACCAGGAAACUACUUCACUUGUGAAUCUUCUUCUUCUGAAUUGAGCUUCCUCACUUCCUUGUCAAGUUGCAGAAAAUUAAACAGAAUAUGGAUCAAUAACAAUCCUCUAAAUGGCAUACUUCCAGCUUCUAUUGGGAAUCUCUCCAAUUCUCUGGCCGAUAUUGAUGCUAGUUAUUGUGGAAUCAGAGGCAGCAUUCCUAGUGAAAUAGAAAACUUAAGCAAUUUAGCUUUCUUACGAAUGAAUGGCAAUGAGUUGACUGGAUUCAUUCCAACCACAAUCAAAAGUUUAACCAAGCUUCAAAGACUAGAUCUUAAUGGAAACCGAAUACAAGGAUUCAUACCAGUUGAUCUAUGCUAUUUAAAGAACCUGGGUGAGUUACACUUGGGAAAAAAUAACCUUUCUGGACUGAUACCGGCAUGUCUAGGGAAUAUUACUUCCCUAAGAUAUUUGGAUCUAGAUUCAAAUAAAUUAAUUUCUAGCAUACCCACAAGUUUGUGGAGCCUCAAGGAUCUCCUAGAACUUAACUUAUCCUCGAAUUAUUUAAGUGGAUAUUUACCACUAGAACUUGGCAAUUUAAAGGUUGCAAUUAGCAUUGAUCUAUCGAUGAACCAAUUCUCAGGACAAAUCCCAAGCACCAUCGGAGGUCUACAAGGUGUGAUUAAUCUUUCUUUCGCACAUAACAGAUUACAGGGACCAAUUCCUCAGUCAAUUGGUAGUUUGAUAGACUUGCAAUUUUGUGACCUAUCCCAUAACAAUCUAUCUGGUGUAAUUCCCAAGUCAUUAGAGGCACUUUCACAGCUGAGAGAGGGUGACGGGAGAUUUGUGACUGUUGGAGUGCAUAGUAGAGGAUUUGAUGGAUCAGUCACGGAUCUUGAUGGAUCGGUGAUGGAACUUGAUGAAUCGGUGAAGAUGGUGAUGCAGAUUUCGGGUGGAGAAGUGAUGGAGUUUGGAAGAUUAGUGAGGGAUUUGGAUGGAUGGUGA